AUGGGGCCAGCGACUGUUCUCUUCCUCCUCCUCAUGCUCGGCGUCUCGGAGGCCAAGCGCACUGCAGAGUCCAGGAGUGAUGAUAACAGCGUCUUCGAUCUCUUUGAACUCAUUGGCUUCAUUAGGAAGGGAGCUGGGCGCCGGGCACCCGGGGUGCACCUGGUGAAGGGGCCAGAAUCCUCCAGCCCUGCUUACCGCAUUGAAGAUGCCAGUCGCAUCCCUGCUGUCCCUGACUCCAAGUUCCAAGACUUACUAGAUGCCAUCCAUGCUGAGAAGGGCUUCAUCCUCCUGGCCACUCUCCGGCAAGCCAAGAAGAGCAGAGGCACGCUGCUGUCUGUGGAACAGAAAGAUGGCUCUGGUCAUGUCUUCAGCCUAGUAUCAAAUGGCAAGGCAGGCACCCUGGACCUGAGCCUUUCUGGCGAUGGCAAGCAGCAAUUGGUGUCAGUAGAGGAUGCUUUGCUAGCUACAGGACACUGGAAGAAUAUCACCCUGUUUGUGCAGGAGGACCGGGCUCAGCUCUAUGUGGGGUGUGAGAAAAUGGAGAAUGCAGAACUAGACAUCCCCAUCCAGAACAUCUUCACUAGGGACCUGGCCAGCAGUGCCAGGCUCCGUAUUGCCAAAGGGGGAGUCAAUGACAACUUCCAGGGACUGCUGCAGAAUGUGCGGUUUGUGUUUGGAACAACUCUGGAAACUAUCCUGAGGAACAAAGGCUGCUCCAGCUCCACUAGUGCGAUCAUUACUUUGGACAACCCGAUCAAUGGUUCCAGCCCAGCUAUCCGCACUAAUUACAUUGGCCAUAAAACAAAGGACAUCCAAGCAGUCUGUGGAUUUUCCUGUGAUGAACUAACAAAUAUGUUUGUGGAACUGCAAGGGCUCCGAUCCAUGGUUACAACACUUCAAGACAGAGUUCGCAAAGUGACUGAAGAAAAUGAACUCAUUGCCAAAGUCGUCCAGAUCACUCCUGGAGUAUGCAUUCAUAAUGGAAUCUUGCACAAAAAUAAAGAAGAGUGGACUAUUGACAGCUGCACUGAAUGUACCUGCCAGAACUCUGCAACUAUAUGCCGGAAGGUGUCCUGUCCUCUUAUGCCUUGUUCCAAUGCCACUGUUCCUGAUGGGGAGUGCUGCCCCCGAUGCUGGCCUAGCGACUAUGCAGAUGAUGGAUGGUCUCCUUGGUCUGAAUGGACUUCAUGCUCUGUGACCUGUGGGAAUGGGAUUCAGCAGAGAGGGCGAUCCUGUGACAGUCUCAAUAACCGCUGUGAAGGGUCUUCUGUACAGACUCGGACUUGCCACCUUCAGGAAUGCGAUAAGAGAUUUAAACAGGAUGGUGGCUGGAGUCACUGGUCACCAUGGUCAUCAUGUUCUGUCACUUGUGGCGCGGGCAUCAUCACUAGAAUUCGUCUCUGCAACUCUCCAGUACCACAGCUGAAUGGCAAACCUUGUGAGGGUGAGGCAAGAGAAAACAAAUCCUGCCAGAAAGAUCCUUGCCCAAUUAAUGGCAACUGGGGACCAUGGUCUCCAUGGGAUGCUUGCACAGUGACAUGUGGAGGAGGACUUCAAAAACGUAGCCGUCUCUGCAAUAAUCCUGAGCCUCAGUAUGGUGGGAAGACUUGCAUAGGUGAAGCUAGAGGGACUCAGGUCUGCAACAAACAGGACUGUCCAGUUGAUGGGUGUCUGUCUAAUCCCUGCUUUGCGGGAACUACAUGUACCAGCUCAGCUGAUGGUUCCUGGAAGUGUGGUGCCUGCCCUGCUGGCUACCAUGGUGAUGGUGUCCACUGCCAAGAUAUUGAUGAGUGCAAAGAGGUUCCUGAUGCCUGCUUUGUCUUCAAUGGAGUGCACAGGUGUGAGAAUACUGAACCGGGGUACAACUGUCUGCCUUGUCCACCACGUUUCACUGGGACACAGCCAUUUGGUCGCAGUAUUGAGGAUGCCAUGGCUAACAAACAGGUCUGCAAGCCACGUAAUCCAUGCACAGAUGGAACACAUGACUGCAACAAGAAUGCCAAAUGCAACUACCUUGGCCACUUCAGUGACCCCAUGUAUCGCUGUGAAUGUAAACCAGGCUACGCUGGCAAUGGCAUAAUCUGUGGGGAAGAUACUGACUUGGACGGAUGGCCAAAUGAGAACCUUGUUUGUGUUGCCAAUGCCACUUACCACUGUAAAAAAGAUAACUGCCCUAAUCUGCCCAACUCUGGGCAGGAAGACUAUGAUAAGGAUGGGAUUGGUGAUGCCUGUGAUAAUGAUGAUGAUGAUGACGGUAUUCCUGAUGACCGGGACAACUGUCCGUUCAUCUACAACCCACAGCAGUAUGACUAUGAUAGGGAUGAUGUUGGCGACCGCUGUGAUAACUGCCCCUACAAUCACAACCCUGAUCAAACUGACACUGACAACAAUGGAGAAGGAGAUGCAUGUGCAGUGGAUAUUGAUGGAGAUGGGGUCCUUAAUGAAAGAGACAACUGCCAAUAUGUCUACAAUGUAGACCAGAGGGAUACAGACUUGGAUGGUGUUGGAGAUCAGUGUGAUAACUGUCCACUGGAACACAACCCUGACCAGGAAGACACUGAUUCUGACCGCAUAGGUGAUCAGUGCGACAACAACCAGGACAUAGAUGAAGAUGGCCAUCAAAAUAAUCUUGAUAACUGCCCCUAUGUGCCCAAUGCCAAUCAAGCUGACCAUGACAAGGAUGGAAAAGGUGAUGCCUGUGACCAUGAUGAUGACAAUGAUGGCAUCCCUGAUGACAAAGAUAACUGCAGAUUGGUUGCCAACCCCGAUCAAGCUGAUUCUGAUGGUGAUGGACGUGGAGAUGCUUGCAAAGAUGACUUUGACCAAGACAGUGUGCCAGACAUUGAUGAUAUCUGUCCUGAAAAUGUGGACAUUAGUGAGACUGAUUUCCGAAGAUUUCAGAUGAUUCCCCUGGAUCCCAAAGGGACAUCCCAAAAUGAUCCAAACUGGGUUGUUCGUCACCAGGGUAAAGAACUGGUUCAGACAGUCAACUGUGACCCUGGCCUUGCAGUUGGUUUUGACGAAUUCAAUGCUGUGGACUUCAGUGGCACCUUCUUCAUCAAUACAGAAAGGGAUGAUGAUUAUGCUGGCUUUGUAUUUGGCUACCAAUCUAGCAGUCGUUUCUAUGUUGUCAUGUGGAAGCAGAUCACCCAGUCUUACUGGGACUCAACACCAACCAAAGCUCAAGGCUACUCAGGUCUCUCCAUCAAAGUUGUGAAUUCCACCACUGGUCCAGGAGAACACCUUCGUAAUGCUCUGUGGCACACAGGAAACACUCCUGGCCAGGUGAGAACUUUGUGGCAUGACCCUCGUCACAUAGGCUGGAAAGACUUCACUGCAUACAGAUGGCGUCUUAGCCAUAGACCAAAGACUGGUUACAUCAGGGUUGUAAUGUAUGAAGGGAAGAAAAUCAUGGCAGACUCAGGACCAAUCUAUGAUAAAACCUAUGCUGGUGGUCGGCUAGGAUUAUUUGUCUUCUCUCAAGAAAUGGUGUUCUUCUCAGAUCUUAAAUAUGAAUGCAGAGAUCCAUAAUCACAAGGUUAUUGGAUCCAGAGACUAUUUAAAA